CACCAAGAUGGCCGUUCAUGAUCCUGGCUCCCUGAACAAAGACCUGCCAUCCUCUCCCAAGAUGGCGACCGGUGAGACAGCUCCCAGUGCGCAGGGAUGGGGAAGAUCUUGUGGCACAUUGAGUAGUGUCCCUGCCUCUGAGCUGAAGCUCCAGGUUCUACUUCAGGACUUGAUGGCCACGGACGAUGUGUUCAUACAGUGUAUUCAGUUAUGAACCUGUAAAUCCUUCCAAAAUGCCAAUGACAGGCAGUAAGAGUGGGAGAGUCCCCUGGUCAGCUGUGCUUGAUGUGUGAUAGUACCCUCAUGCAAUUGCCUCUGGUGACAAGUUAGCAAACUGUUCCAGGACAAAGUAGCUAUGGAAACAGAUGUAAGCACAUGAUUUGUCGACAUCAUAUGCCACUAGGCAUGGGAAGAGAAAAGAAAAAGACCUACGGUGAUAAUUUUAGUGAACUCCUUUCACAGCCGCUUCGAAGUGAAGAAUUGCAGAAGUGAAAUUCAGAUCAAACCUCAUAUCAAGUUUUGGGUGAGUCAGUCCAUUCAUCGGAAUCUCAAUAUCAUCUGCCUUUGAAUGUGGAAGAAGAAAUGUUUGUCUGUUCUGACCGAGGGAAAAGACUUCAAACAUCAGUGUGACUGGAACAGCACCAAGACACACACACCUGAGAGAGAGUGUUCCAGUGAACUGACUGUGGGAAGAGCUUUAACCAGAUACACAGCCUGAGGAAAACAUCACAGUAUUCACAGGAGGGAGAAGCUGUGCACAUGUUCUUUGUGGAUGAGGCUUCAAGCAAUUGUCCAAACUAUAGGAACACAAACGGACCUACACAAUGGAAAAACUGUGGAAAUGUGAGGAUUGUGGGAAAGGAUUCAGUUACCCAUCCCUGCUAGAAAACCAUCGACGCAGUCACACAGGGGAGAGGCCGUUCACCUGCUCCAAGUGUGGAAAGGGAUUCACUCAGUCAUCCAACCUAUCAUUACACCAGCGAGUUCAUAGCGGGGAGAGGCCGUUCACCUGCCCUGUGUGUGGGAAGGGAUUCACUCAGUCAUCUGGCCUUUGGUCACACCAGCGAAUUCACUCUGAGGAGAAACCAUUCAACUGCACUUCCUGUGGGAAGAAAUUCAGGCAUUCUCCUGCGCUCACUGCUCACCAACGCACUCACACUGGGGAGAGGCUGUUCACCUGCUCUGAAUGUGGGAAGAAAUUCACUCAGUCAUCCAACCUAGCAUUACACCAGCGAGCUCAUACCGGGGAGAGGCCAUUUACCUGCUCAGUGUGUGGGGAGGGAUUUACUGGGACAUCCCACUUGCUGUCACACCAGCGAAUUCACAUUGAAGAGAAGCCAUUCAGCUGCACUUCUUGUGGAAAGAGUUUCAGACAGGCAUCCUCCCUCAUUGCACAUGAGCGAGUUCACACUGGGGAGAGACCGUUCACCUGCUCCACGUGUGGGAAGGGAUUCACGGUUUUUCCUAACCUGCUGAGACACCUGCGAAUUCACACCGAGGAGAAGCCAUUCAGCUGCACUUUCUGUGGAAAGAGGUUCAGGCAGUCUUCCAACCUCAUUUUGCACCAUCGAGUUCACACUGGGGAGAGACCGUUCAUCUGCUCCGUGUGUGGGAAAGGUUUCAAUCGGUCAUCAAAUCUCACUGCACACCAGCGAGUUCACACUGGGGAGAGACCAUUCACUUGCUCACUGUGUGGGAAGGGAUUUGCAAAGUCUUUCAACCUGCUGACCCACCAACGCACUCACACUGAGAAGAGGUUAUUCAACACUCUGUGUGUGAGAAGGGAUUCACUCCAUCACGAUGCCUCCUGAGACAUCAGCAAGUUCAUAAUUGACUGCAGGGAUAGGAUUCUGCUGUUAUUCCUGCUGUUAGUCAUGUUUAGUAUUGAUAGUCUGACAAUAUUUUGUUUCUUUAUGCUGAUGCUAACAGCUCAAUAACUGGGUGGAGUUUAAUAUUCUGGAGAUGUCACUGACUUUUGAGGCUGCAGUGUCCCUUUUUAAAAGCGCCAUCUGUGAUCUUUCUCCUUAGUUCAAGAACUCUCAAGAGCAACCCACUUACAAUAAAAUUAUGAACUUAAUUUUGAAUCUUAAAUUGAUCUUUGGUGCAAAAUCUACCAUUCAGUAUCUCAAAGGUACAGUUGCACGUGUCAAAAUAUUUUUUUCUUCAAAGGCUCUUGAGAUUUUCUUGAGGGCUAUUCUUUGAUUUUGAAGAACUAUGAGUUGGGCUUCAGGUGCUCCUUUUUCAUUCUCACUAACUCCUUUAUUAGGUGCUACAGUCACACAGUAACAUUAUCUUGUGUAUUUACAUUGAUUUUUUUUUGGGGGGGGUCCCCUCUUUCAAUAGAUAACAGCACAAAUACCUACACUGUAUGUAUUAAAUCUUUUAACUUGGAAUUUAUAAAUAAGAUGUUUUUGUUAAUUUAUUUUAAAUUAAUCUCCCAUACUCCAUUUCCUUCAUGAAAAUUCCAACCAUUUGAUACCAGGUAACUUAUUGGGAAUGAACAGCCCCUGGACAGCGGGAAAGGAGGAGGUGAAAGUGCAGAUGUUGACUUUCCUGCACUUACAUGGGAAGAUGCUUUGGGAAGUUUAUAAGUUCUGUAUUUCUAAAAACAAACAUAUUAUAGAAAGGAUCUGCCUCGUGUGCGUUCUCACUACAUGACUGACUGACAUUGUUUUCACUGUCUAUGGAUAAGCUGAAGUUGCUGCCGACUGUCUGCCUGUGUCCCUUUUCUCUUUGGAAAACUGGUUUGGAAAAGUAGCACUUGGCAGGGUUUAUAUCAAAUCCCUUGACAAUUAUAUUCACCUUUCAUCAAAUAAAGACACUUUCUAAUAUUCUA